AUGUUGGAAGAAAUAAUCGCUUGUUUCUUGUCAUUGUUUUCUGCCUUAACUUUGGAUGCGCCACGACUUUCUCGGCGAGAAAUGAACGACAAUGAACGUCCAUCAGAACAAUGUGCACGUUAUACAUGGGGGGAUAACAUUCACGGAGAGUAUGUCUCGUUUAAGGAAGAUAAUUUACCAUCAGAAACAGAGAUUGUACAAAUAGGGUAUGAACUGCGAAACAAGCCUACUUAUAUCCAGUCGUUACUCAGAAGUCUGAAGGCGAACUUUACCAUAACCUUAGCUGUACUACCUUUGGUGCUUGUAGGAAUAGCUCUUAUAUAUUUUGAUUUGAGAACAGUUGAUUUAUGUUCUGAACGGGAGGCUAAAAACUACACUCUCUCAUUUGAUGUUAGAAGAAUAAGAUUAAUCGGCAAAGUAUUUCAGAAAGUGAUAUUGUAUCUCUCGUUUCCCUUGUCUUUGAUUGUAUUAUUUGGUUUGAGCGAAUUUAAUAGUCAUUAUUCUGCAACUAUCUUAGUAGGCCAACUGGCUGGUUUAUUUAAUACAUUAUUUUUAAGUUUUUUACUCCUAUAUGGUAUUGAUGAUACUAGUCCAAUCGAAACUUAUUACGUUCCAGGAAUUUUAACAUUUACUGUCGCAACUCUCUGGGAAUCUGUGAUUGUGGUUCGCAAAAUUCGGCAAAAUUAUCCAGCUGUAUCCUACUCUGGUCGCCACAUUUUCAUAGUUGUUGCUGCACCUUUAUUGAGCUCCUAUUCAAUGGCAGUGUUUUACAAAUACGCGGUUGUUAAGUGGUUUAAUUCCCUCGAUAAUGUGUUGUAUAAAUUCAUUUUGGCUAUGUUGACACCGACCUUAGCACUGGUGCCUACUACUGUAUGUAGGCACAUGGCAUUAUGGCGUACUUCAGAGAUUAUCGAACCAGAGCGAAGCUUUGUGUUGGUUUUUUUCACACGGGCACCGUUCAUUAUGUUGUAUCGUAUCAUGCAAGCAAACUUUGGGAACAUCUGGUUGUUUGUCGGGCUAUCUCUUCUAUCUGGUCUGUCGAGUUUGCUUAAAACAGCGACUGUUGGUAUUCGUGAGAAAGUAUGGGUACGAGUUAUCAGGUUUCUGAACAAAACAUGCUGUACAAGACUUCACCAUUUGCCUGGGAACACACCACAUCAUAGGCGGCUGAAAGCAGACACCGAGAUACAAAAUAUACUUUUUGA